AUGGGAGACCUAUGCUUGUUCCUGCUCCUGCCUCUGUCCCUGGCAGCCUUCUAUGGAGUCAAAGGCUGCUUGGAAUGUAACCCCAAAUUUACAGAGGAUAUUAAGUCCUUGUUGGCAAAGUUGGUACCCUCAGAAGUCCCUGGCCGAACUCAACUGCUUGAAAGGCAGAUUAAAGAGAUGACCAAUUUAAGCUUCAAGGUCUCCCACGGGAACAAGAGGCUUCGGGUGUUGGCUGUUCAAAAGGUUGUCUAUUUAAGAACAUGGCUGAAGGAUGAACUUUCUAAAAUGAGCAGUAAAACAUGGAAAGGUGCCUUUAUACUUCAAGGCAAGCUUCUUGAUGUCUGCCAAGGCCUGGAAUCCAAACUGAAAGAAACAUUAAAUAACUUCUCUGAAGUUGUCACGAUAGAAGGUCCUAUCCUGGAUUGUUGGAGCUGUCAUCACCUCACCACCCAGUGCUUCAAAGGAGAGUAUUGUGGAGAUGAGGAUUCAAGGAAGUCUGAGAAUCAAGAAACUGCACUAUUUUUGAUAUUGAUAGCAAUAGCUGUAAUAUUGGGAAGUGCUUUCUUACUAUUCCAUAUUUGUGUCACUCAUCAGAGGAAAAUGAAAGCAAUAUGA